UUUUCAAAGUCCUUCCAAUUCAAAUGGCGCUCCGAUAUCAGAGAGUGCGGACGUUUUCAAAGUUUGUCAUCCGCGGAUUUAUAGUGCGUUAGAUAAGCCAUGGAUUGUUCUUUCUCAUUGUUCCUUCUGUUUUGGAUUACAAGUGCCUAUUACUCGAAAGGAGCUCUUUUCUUACAAGUAUUUGAUACUUUACCUGAAGACAGGGAAGUAAAUCCAGGCGAGCUGAUAAUCAUACCGUGCAAAGUUCGAAAUCGUAAAGGUGAAUGUGCGUGGCUUAAAGAUGGUGUGGUUGUUGGCAAAAUACCCGGAAAGUACACAUUCAACAGAGAGCCCGAUGAUGGAAACUGCGGAAUCACUAUUACUAACACACAACUCGAAGAUGACGAUGGGUUGUGGCAAUGUCAGGUGACGCAGGCAUCCUUACAAGAGUUAACACUAACAUCACCAGAAGUCAAGUUGACUGUUAGAGAGGCACCUUAUCCACCCAUUAUAGAAGACACCACCAUCCAAAUAGUUCAAGGUGAUCCCUUUACAGCUCGAGCUAAUGAACCAAAACGUCUGCACUGUAUAGCACGUAAAGGUAACCCUCCUGCUUCACUAAAAUGGUUCAUAAACCAUGUUGAAGUAACUACUAAUGUCAACCAAACCAACAUCAGAGACGUUGAAAAGCGAAAAACAUGGCAGGCUGUUAGUGCUCUUGAUAUGACCUUCACCAAAGAAGACAAUCACAAGCUUCUGAAAUGUGUUGCUAUACACGAUGCUUAUGAUACUAAAGCUAAAGAUAUUACAGUGCAACUGGAAAUUCUGUAUCCCCCAGAAAUAAGCCUGGAAGGAAAACCAAAACAAGAAAUUGUCGAGGAUAUGUCCUUGACAUUACGUUGUAAAGCCGACGCAAAUCCGAAAGCCAAUAUCAUCUGGAGAAAAUCUGGGCAUUCUGGCAUAUACGACAUCAAGGAUCAUAUAGAGUUCAGACCCAUUCGCAGAACAGAUUCAGGAAUAUACAGCUGUUCUGCCAAGAACGAUAUUGGGCAAAGCGAAGAAAUGGAAAUCACAGUUGAUGUGAAAUUUAAACCAAAAAUAAAUCGUGUGUAUCCUGCUCCGAGAACUACAGUAAGCCUAUAUCAGAGCACCAGGCUAGUUUGUGAAGCAGAAGGCAAUCCAGCUCCAAAAUAUUCGUGGUUUCAGCGAAUAGGAGGGGAUGCAGUUGUUUGGUCAGAGCGGACAAAUAACGCUACAUUUUAUAUUCAGAACGUCACUUACAACUACCAGGGAAUUUACCUCUGCCAGGCAUCCAACACUAUCAACGGCCAAUUCAAUACAGUGAAAUCAGAAGAAAUAUUUCUUGACGUUACUGGACCGCCUCAAUUAAUGAUUGAGAAUGCCCCUUUGGUAUCACACAUGGUUGUGGACAAAGACGAAACUGCUAAGAUUAUUAUACGGUUUUGCUCAGAUCCAGAACCCAGAAGAAGUUAUUGGGAAUGGGAUUCAUUUCGACAAGAAACAAAUUCAAACACUGGAAGACACGAUGCAUCAGAAAUUCAAAAGAUACCUAAUAAAGAUGACUGCUAUGAUGCACGAUUAAUAAUUCGUAACGUUGAAGGAGGUGACUCAAAAACAUACACAUUAGUGGUUGAAAAUGAUAAAGGACAUGAAACAUUUUCCAUUGUACUUGAAGUUAGAGAGCCCUUUAUUUUGACUUUGAUGAUCGGUGGUGCAGUUGUUGUGAUAUUAAUUUUAAUCUGCCUUCUCGCUCUCCUUAUUUGCUUAGUUCGAAAAGAAAAAUGCUGUUUCAGACGUUCAGAUGGCUUUAAACCAGCUCCUGAUAGCAUUGUAGAAAAUGGUUGUCCAGAUAAUGAUAAAUCUGAUCUUACUGCAGCAAAGACAGUACCUUUCUGCACCAACUCCAAUACUAAAGGUAAAAUAGCGACGAUAGGAGAAGAUCCAUAUAACAAAAAUGGUAAAAAGGCAGAUCGCAAUGACAACAGGGACGGCCUAAGUUAUGGAAGUUUAGAUUUCAGCAUUUUGGAACCCGAUCCAAGAGAGCAGACGACUGCCACAAUCAACAACAGCCGGAUAAAAGUUCAUCCUCAAAGUAAAGGAGGAGCCCCUCAUUCAGAAAGCGCCAGUAUUCGAAGCAGUCAUGAUUACAGACAAUACCAUAACCCGGCUGCUGUUGAGCAAGCAUACAUUUAAAUCAUCAACUAGGAUUGAUUAUGAAUUCCAAUGUUCUUCACAUCGUUUGCUUUGUUUUGAGAGACAAAGAAACAAAUAUUCGAAGCAUACGGAAAGACAUAACAAUAUCCGGGAAGAACAUUUUAUUCACGUCUUUGUCAUGUGAUUUAUCCGGAUGUUUCCAUGGACCCGCCCCUGUGUGUCGUGUUAAUGUAUAUAAUGUAAAAAGAACAGAAGUGAAAAUGCACUGAGUAAAAUAUUAUUGCACUGAUAGAUCAAGAACAUUGUGAUCGGAAAAAUCGUUUUAUUAAAAAAUAUAUGUCUUUGAAGAAGAGGUAAAUUAAAUUUUCAAAACAUGGUAUGGAAAAUUGUAUUAUAUGUAUGAUAUUUUGUUUAAUGUAAUUUGGAAAUAAACGAAUUAGAGAUUCAGUCUUAGACCAAAGUGUUUCGGUACAUUAAAAAUGCCGCUUUGUAUAAUUUAAUUUUUGCAAAAUAGAAUUUAAAAGAAAUAUAUUUAAAAAAAAUGUUAGGUGAAAGCGUGCUUGAGGUAGCAAAUUGCCUAUUAUAGAACUAACUAUUGUGAUCUUCAAGAUGUAUUGUGAUCUGUUACUUUUGAAGGUGUAAAAUAUAUAUUGUUAAAUUGGCACAAAGCAUGGUGUUUUAAUUUGCAACAACAUACACUGUAAAUAAGUGUUCUCAAUCGUCACGUUAAUCUUAUUAACUCCUUAAUGUACACUAUUCCAGAAAAUUGAGAUUCAGAUUUAUAUUGCUUGUAAUGAAAUAUCGCGUCAACAGAAAUUACAAAAUAGUCGAGAAAAAUUCAAAAAGAAUUAACACUGAAGUCCUUGUCGAUUUCAUUUUCUUAUUCAAUUCUUUAUUUUACUCUUGCAAUUUGUUUCUUAAUUUUAGAGCAUUAUACGACAGUUAAAAUUUAGUCUGUUUUUCUUUUUGGUUUCUCCACAAAUUUAUUUUUAUUCUUUUUUUCUUAAAAAAAACUUACUCUAUAUUUCUUUUAAUUCCUUAAAUUGGAUUAUGAUUUAUUCAUGUAAGGUCCUUUUUUAUUCGGUGCGAAGUUUCUUAUCAUUAUUUUUAUCAUCAUUUAAACAUUUUCCUUCUCUGAAUUAUUUAAGAGUGUUGUAGAGAAUCUAGGGGAAUUUCGAAUAAAGACGGAAAAUGCGGAAAAACUCCUGAAUCCGUAAAAUGCUUUAUAACUAAUUGUUCAUAGAAUCACCUAGUAUACGACUAAACUGGGAUGAAUCAUCUAGCUUUAAGCAAACCUAACAAAAAUGCAAUUAAUUAUAAAACUUUUCAAAAAUAAGUGUGAAGAUUUCACAGUAUAAAACUAGAUAAUAAAUAUAAUUUAUCUGCAAAUUCCACGUAGUUGUCUACCUUUGAUAACACAUUAAUAAGAAUGUAGACUAUUUAAUAAUAAAUAAUUAAGAGAUCUCUUUCCUUCCCCUCUUGCACUUUAGAAAAAAAAAAGAUUUUUUUUUCUCAGUUUUUGGUACGUUACUUGUUUUUUUUUAUUAAACUAUGACUUGGCAGUUCUAUGGCUUUCAAAAUGCAGAAUAUUAAGCGAUCUAUUUCAAAUUCGGCAAAAUAGUGAAUGAAUUUAUCUAAUUGCCUAAUUAUCAAAAAUGUAGCUCAAUAAAAUUAUGCGGAUUGUGGUUUGAGUAAUAAAUUUCAUGCAAUGCAUAUGUCUGUUUUUUUUUUAAACUAAGGAAGACCGUUUUGAAUAAUUUAAACUAUUCCAUUUAACUUAAAUCACGCGAAUGGAAAAUUCUAAACCAGAUAAACGUACAGUGCGUGAUAACUUUUCAAAACUACUGAUUGGUAUAAUUUUUUUUCAUCAAAAAGUAAUAGAUAAUGCAGAAUCCAAACUACAACACUCAAUAUUUCUCAAAUUGCUAUUGCAUCAGGCCUCAUAUAUUACACAUUUUGAAAGAUAUUUCGUUGUAAAGUAAACAUCCAACAUAGUUUACCUGAGAAAAUUAAAUAAAGAGGAUUAAAAGCAUUUAUGGAACAUCCUUCCUCCGUCACUUCCUUUUGACAGGUGAGUUUGAUCGAGAGGAAAGAGGUCUCUUAAGUAAGAAGCUUUUGAAUCUGAUGAUUAUUAAUUAAGUUUCAAAAGUUUGAAUUUGAUGUUCAUUAUAUCAGACGAAAAUUAAAAAUAAAUUUAGAAUUAUUAGCAGUAUUGGUUUCAUCAGUAUAUAUCUACAAUAAACGUUAUACCAUGUUUAAGUAUAAAAAUUAUUGCAAGGCAUAAAAUAUUAUUAUUGUGAAUAGUGUUUCUAAAAAGGGAAAAACAUAAUUAGUUAUAUUUAAGCUAAAAGGCAUUUUAAGUAUUCAAUAUUCCAAGACUAUCAAAGUCAUAUAUUGUGUACAAUAGGUGUACAAAAAAAGCGUGCGUUACAGGGUUAAUAAGACAGCACUCCACUUUUAUUGCAAGAAAUUUAGUUUUGUGCUCAUAAUGAAUAUUUUUUUCGAUACAACUUUCACAUGUAUGCUAAAAUAAAUCUUAACUUACGUGAUAUAAAUUGUUUUAUUAAAAAUAAAUUAAAUUAUAAAUUU